AGCUCCCUCCGCGGGACGAACCGAACCUCAGAAAACGGUCACACGGCUGCAGAGAGUGGGGAGGUCUCCGGAAGCAAGUCCCCACAUGUGCGUGUUUGUGGCGACCCCGAGAGUUGGCAGGCAGAACCCAGAGACUACAUUUGAAGUGUAUGUGGAAGUGGCCUAUCCUAGGACAGGUGGCACUCUUUCAGAUCCUGAGGUGCAGAGGCAAUUCCCGGAGGACUACAGUGACCAGGAAGUUCUACAGACUUUGACCAAGUUUUGUUUCCCCUUCUAUGUGGACAGCCUCACAGUUAGCCAAGUUGGCCAGCACUUCACGUUCGUGCUCACUGACAUUGACAGCAAACAGAGAUUUGGGUUCUGCCGCUUAUCUUCAGGGGCCAAGAGCUGCUUCUGUAUCUUAAGCUACCUCCCCUGGUUCGAGGUGUUUUAUAAGCUUCUUAACAUCUUGGCAGAUUACACGACAAAACAACAGGAAAGUCAGUGGAAUGAACUUCUGGAAACACUGCACCGACUUCCCAUCCCUGACCCCGGAGUGUCUGUUCAUCUCAGCGUGCAUUCUUACUUCACUGUGCCUGAUACCAGAGAGCUUCCCAGCAUACCUGAGAAUAGAAAUCUGACAGAAUAUUUUGUGGCUGUGGAUGUGAACAACAUGUUGCAUCUGUACGCCAGCAUGCUGUAUGAGCGCCGGAUCCUCCUCAUCUGUAGCAAGCUCAGCACUUUGACUGCCUGCAUCCACGGCUCGGCUGCCAUGCUCUACCCCAUGUACUGGCAGCAUGUGUACAUUCCUGUGCUGCCCCCGCACUUGCUGGACUACUGCUGUGCUCCCAUGCCCUACCUCAUAGGAGUCCAUUUCAGUCUAAUGGAGAAGGUCAGAAACAUGGCCCUAGAUGAUGUCGUGAUCUUGAACGUGGACACCAACACCCUGGAAACCCCUUUUGAUGACCUCCAGAGCCUCCCAAAUGAUGUGAUCUCCUCCCUGAAGAACAGGCUGAAGAAGGUCUCUACAACCACAGGUGAUGGUGUGGCCAGAGCCUUUCUCAAGGCCCAGGCUGCUUUCUUUGGCAGCUAUCGGAAUGCGCUGAAAAUUGAGCCGGAAGAACCCAUCACCUUCAGUGAGGAAGCCUUCGUGUCCCACUACCGCUCUGGAGCCAUGAGGCAGUUCCUUCAGAAUGCCACACAGUUGCAGCUCUUCAAACAGUUUAUUGAUGGCCGACUAGACCUUCUCAAUUCCGGCGAAGGUUUCAGCGAUGUCUUUGAGGAGGAGAUCAACAUGGGCGAGUAUGCCGGCAGUGAUAAGCUGUACCAUCAGUGGCUGUCCACAGUCCGGAAAGGAAGUGGAGCAAUUCUGAAUACUGUAAAAACAAAAGCUAACCCAGCCAUGAAGACUGUCUACAAGUUUGCAAAAGAUCAUGCAAAAAUGGGAAUAAAAGAGGUGAAAAACCGCUUGAAGCAAAAGGACAUCGCUGAGAAUGGCUGUGCCUCCUCUGCAGAAGAGCCACUGCCAAAGACCGUGCCAUCCCCACUGGCAGAGGUCAAGGACCCCAGACUUCGAGAAGACCGGAGACCAAUCACAGUCCACUUUGGGCAGCUACAAAGACUCCAUCCCACUCGGCUGCCGCCUCCCAAGAUCCAUCGUUCAAGGCCCGUACGACCGCCUCGUCCGCAUGUUGUCAAGAGACCGAAGAGCAACAUCACUGUGGAAGGCCGGAGGACAUCUGUCUCAAGCCCUGAGCACACCUGUGCUACUAGGACUUGGCUUCAAUAUCCCCUCUGACCUGCAGCUCCUCAUGGCACCCCAGGACCCAGCCUAGCACCAGCUUUGGUCAUCUCCUGCAGCUGUUGGGUAGGUGGAGUGACUGAACCUGCAGGGUCAAAAGCUGGAGACAGCCUCAACUCUCGAGCCAACAGGAGAAGGCCACGCUGUUUCUCCUGUCCCAGUGUACAUAGUCCUUGGCCUCUGUCCAGACAACUGGGCAACUACUCAACAGCUUCCUGGGGUAUCUUUAGAAUGUUCAGGAAUCCAUCUUGGCCUAGGGUUGUUUGAGGGCUGAGGAAAACACACACACACACACACACACCACCACCACCACCACCACCACUGUCCUUUGUGUGCCCCACUUUACAAAGAACUGAUGCCAAAAUAGAGAAAAGAUUCCAAAAUGUCAGGCUGUGAUCUAGCCUAGGUGCACUUCAGUUCUCCCAUGAUCCUCUGCUUUAUUAUAGAACCAGCUUGAAUGGUCUUUACCCAGAGAACACAAGAAUGGGGAAGAGGGAGAGAGAGAGAGAGGAGUAUGCAUGUAUGUGUUUCUGGAGAUGCUGGGAUAUGUGAGAUUUUGAAGAGGGGACACCUGAAGUUGGGGCAGGUUUAACUUGGGUUCUGCACAUUGGCAUGGUCGGAAUAUUGAGGGACAUCUCCCUUGCCAUGGAUUAUGACUGCCCCCUUGUGGUGAGAAUGCUGCAUGGCUCUGGUUUUCCCCUUGCCCUAAAGAUUUCUCUUGAGGAGGAUGGAAUUAACCACCUCUUGUAGCUGAUCAGCCUUUUACACAGUGUCCUGGGAUAGAGGCCAUGGACCUGUAGAUAUUGAGUUAUAAACUCAGGAUGUUCUUGCACCACACACACAUUCAUUCCCUUUCUCUUUCUCUCUCUCUCUCUCUCUCUCUCUCUCUCUCUCUCUCUCUCUCUCUCUCUCUCUCUCAAACCAGACCAGCAGCAGUCCAUAUCCUACAGAAACACAUUCCCCAUUCUGUGUCCUGAUUAGAGAUUGGACUUGCCAAACACAUUUAUUUAUGCUGUUUUAGUGUGUGCAGAGAGCCGAUUGUGUUGAGAAGGUGGCUCUUCUGUUAAUUGCCUUAGCCUUGUUGGUAUCACCUCAGUAUUUUCAUGGAAUGUGCCUGUCUUAGAUUUCUUUCCAGAAAGCAUCAGGUUGCAAUGAACUGGACAAGAGUGUGGGAGCUGGUUCAGGGUCUGGCAAACAACGGUGACAGGAAUUAAAAGACUGGUUUGUGAGCAACGCUCAGCACAGCUCAAGCUGGCCAGGAGGUAGCAGGGAGUGCCUAAGACGUCAUUCCUAGGGUUUCUUUUCACAUUGUCUUAAUGAGGAAGAGGGGAGGCUGGGCUCCCAUCAUGCCAGUGACAUUUCUGGUGCCACCCGGGUAUUUUCCUGCAUCUCUUCCAUGCUGCCAUCCCCCUACACCCCCCCAUGCUCCUCCACUUCCAAAUGCCAUGUCACAACAGCACUUGGAUGUGUUUCUCUCAACUGUCACCAGCUCCAGCUGGCAAGACCAACUUCUUGAAACACAGGGAGCAUCCAGCGGAAAAUAUUUUAAUAAAACAGAUUCCUCAUAAAAUAUUGUUCUAGAAGGGAAGGAAAACAGCGCCACCAGUCUGUCGGCUUUGUGUUGGGAGAGUUGGGAGGAGGGGCCAGCAGGCAGGAGCGUCCAGUGGGUCUUUGUUGAGGGUGGUCCCAGGGGCACACGUGGACUCAGGACCUGUCGUCCAUUCUGACUUUUUUUGAAUCCUGGUUCUUGGUCUCUGCUGGGUGUAAGUGCACUGGGAUCCUGGAGACCUUGGGUUGUGGGGAAAGGGUGACCCCUCUUCCUGCCUGCCUGGCCCUCACUGCAGGGUGACCCCUCUUCCUGCCUGCCUGGCCCUCACUGCAGGGUGACCCCUCUUCCUGCCUGCCUGGCCCUCACUGCAGGGUGACCCCUCUUCCUGCCUGGCCCUCAGAUCAGCAGCACAUUCAGUAGUUACCUCUGUUUAGCAUGAUGGAGCUGCUUAAGAACUGAGCAACUCUGAGAUCCAAGAUCCAGCAGCAGCUGGCAGCUCUCAGCUGAAGUCCAUUUCUUCCUUUCUUGCUGACAUGCCUCUGUCCAUUGCUCCAUCUGUUCAUUCAUGCCCAUUCUUUCAUCAGACAUCUUUGAAACCCUACUAGGCACAUGCUAAGAGGCCUUCAGAGGGAGUUCCCAUGGUGACUCAUCUAUUGACUUACAUUUACCCAAAAUGAAAUUUCCUUCAUGAAUUAAGGUUUCCUAGCCCCUUAAGGCCGUUUCUUGGCAUUUGGAUAAGCACUUCAGGAGAUUUUUAGGGAAACAGUCUAUGUUUCUCAGUCACUAGUCACUAAUUAGCAUGAGGUUAAGGGCUGGGGAGAUGGCUCAGUCACUGUUAGCACCUGAGUUUGGAUCCCCAGCACCCAGGUAAAAGCUGGAUGUGGUAGAGCAUGUCCGUAACUGUAACACUAUGAGGACAGAGCACACUGGUCAACCACUCUAGCCAACAGUGAGCUGUGGGUUCAGUGAGAGAUAAUCUCAAGAUAAUAAGGUAGAGAGCAAUAGAGGAAGAUGUCGGAUUCAGCUUCUGGCUUCUGCACAUGUGUGCACACCUACACAUACACAUGCACACAGACACUAUACAGACACACUCAAAAAUGAAAAACAACGUAAUUAGCUGUUCUUUCUCUCCAAGAAGCAUUAGCUCCUCCCCCAUUGUUUUUUCUAAGAAGCAUUAGCUCCUAUUAUUCAAAGCAGGAGAGGCCUCCUUUAGAUGCUAGUUAGCAAAACAUUCUACUGGGCCCCAGAUCUAUCCUGUGUGCUAGCCCUUUCCCCUUGGCAGGGGCCCACAGUUGGUAGGUAGCAGGGCCAGUUAAGUUCUGCCUCCUGGUCCUCACCAUUGCACACUGCUGCCCUCCUUAGCAUAGGACCUAUGUGGGCCCUUUGUAAUCUGGCUUUGCCCAAAGACCCAGUUUUGUGUCCCAAAACAACUUGCCCAGCUUGCCAGCCCUCUUCCCAGGUUCCUUAGAACCUGGAGUUGGGAAAUGGGUCUCCUCAGAUCUGCUGUCACAGAACCAUCCUCACAGGAGCCUGAGCAUUUCCACUUGGGGAAGGAGAAAGAAGCAACAUGAACUGAAUGCCACAUCCUUUAGGACCAUAGUGGGUAGGUAGUGCUGAUCCAGGUUCUUGAUGGAGAAGUGAGCCUCAGGCUGCAGCUUUAUCGUAAAGCCAAAGUCCAGGGCCAUGACUGGUAGGACCUCCAGGCUCAUGACGGAAGCUUCCCCACCAUCCAGCCUUGUUAUUCAAAACCUGAUUAUGCCUCAGCAGCUCCUCAACCUCUACAGUGAGUGCAAAAGGGGUCACACCCCCCUUGUUAGAGGUGGCCUCAGUUUCCAGCCAGAGCAUGCCUGGUUGUCAAGCCACAAAGUAUUUCCACCCAGCUUGCCAGGUGUUGGGGAAUCCCCCAUCCAACUUGCUUCUUAGCCAAAGUCCAUGGACAGCUCUGGGAGUAUUGUGAUCAGCAUCACACACACCCACAAGACCCCACACUAAGACUGAGCCAAGAGCCCAGUGAGCACAAUGACCUCCAGGUACCCCUCAGGUUCCCCAUGAGGAGGCUGCAGUGGGACCAGGGCAGCAGCCCUCACUGAGUGGCUGAGUAUAGAAGGAUGUCACCUGUGUAUGCCCCUAGUUCCUCUUCAUGGUACAGCAGUAGGGCCACCUUCUGGGUCCUAAGGAUAGGAACUUGCAGAUGGUGGCGGACAUGAGGGGCUCUGUCCUGAUCACCUGCCCUCCAAGCUCUCUGGACUGUGUGGCUUGUCUCUACAUGCAGAUUCUGCUGGCAGUAACCUAUCAUUUAAGUUCCCGUGUGCUAAAGAGGAGCCCAGAUUUAGCCACCACUCCCACCAGAUACAUGAAAUCUGUCUUUGUAAAAAAUUUUGUCAGAAUAAUGCAAUAGCCUUAGAGACAGCUUAGAGACCAGGAAAGGGAAAAGUUCACUAUGAAUCACACUACUUUGAUUCAACCACACAGAAGUAUUUGUGGUAGCUGGGUAUUGUUAGCACAGGCCUUUAAUCCUAGCACUUAGGAGGCUGAGGCAGGUAUAUCUCUGAGUUCCAGGCCAGCCUGGUCUACAGAGCAAGUUCCAGGGCACCCAGGGCUACACAGAGAAACCCUGUCUCAAAAAACCAAAUAUAUUUGUGUAGAGUCCCCUCCAGGCUUUGCCUAGUUAUAUUUUUGGAAUUUCUCGGUCUGUGAUAUCCAACUGUAUGGACUUGUCACUUACGUCUUGAUAACUUCUAUCAUUUGUGACUACAGUGUGUGUGUGGGGGGGGGGGUUAAAUCUGCCCCAAUACUAUACCUUUAGAGUUUGUUCCCAAGGUUUCAUUCAUAUGAAAAAUGCCAGGGUAAUACCCCUGCUCACUGAGCUUUCUCUCAUUCUGUAUCACUAUAAGAAAUGAAUCCCAACACUACAAUUCACACUUUACGUGUGACAUUUCAUUGCAUCCUCAUGAGAAGUUGGGAUAUGGGGGACAUGAGCUUUGUCCUACAGAAAUGGCUCAGAGUUGAAGGUCCGGCCCUGCCCUUGGUGACGCAGUCGGUGGCAGGGAUGGGCUUCAGCCCUGUCUCCUGAUGCCCAGCCCAGUGCCCCUGUCAGUGCUGUAAGAAGAUGUCUGCCCUGCAUGACUCGACACACAGAAGCCACACUGCCUUUCCUCCCGACAGAGCUGCACCCCAGCCCCUGGGCAGCCAGCAGCACUGGGAAUUCUCCAAAUGGGGCAAGCUGCAGGUGCACUGGCUGCAUCGACAGUCUGCCCCAAGUGGAGCCCACACUGCCGAGGGCAGCCAUGUGUGACUGCAUUUGUCUCAAGUGUACUCUGUGGCCCUUGCACCAAGGCCCCAGAAGAUGAAAAGCGAUCAGAAGCCAUUGCCAGAAGCGUUUGCUGAGGACUGUGCCCAGAGUCCACAUCUCUGUGGACUUAGCACUUCCUCUGCUUACUCCCCUUUACUGGCAGAAGACAAGCUGCUGUAGCACUAUGAACAUGCCUCACAUUCUUGGUACUGGAUCAAAACAGCCAAGCCUUUUCCCUCCUACACAGCCCAGAGCUACCCCAAGGAUGGAGUCACUCAUUUGGACAGAGGCCUGGUGCACAAGUGGACUUCCCCGAGGUGGCAUCCCAGCCCGCCACCUCUGAGGCUCCAAGGCUUCUCUACCACCUCCUUGUAACACCGUAUCUGAAAGUAUCCAGGAAAGCCACAGUUGGAUCCUAAAUUAGGGGACAUGUGGCUUUCCCUCACCCUCACCUCUUCAGCAACUGCCAGUCUCAAUCCUCCAACACCCUGGUGUUUUCCCAGGACCACACACUUCCCUUCCCAUGCCCCAGGCCCUGUGUGGACCUGCACUGUUAAAAUUCCUCUGGAUAUCCCAUUCUCACUCACAGGCACCUAUUUAUGGAAGUGUGCAUGUGGACAUGGACACACGCUCUGAGCUUCUCCAGGGCAAGAGUUGCAUAUUCUUCAGCUCUGACUUUGACUCCCAAACCAGUGCUUAUCCAGUCUUCUGCUCAAAGAUGUUUCCUAAAUGGAGGACCAUGGGAAUUGAUAAAGGCAGAUACUGUUGUUCAUAGUCCACUAGCCCUGGAGAUCAAGCAGGUAUCAACAAAAACCC